AUGUCUACCCAGUGGUGGCUACAGCAGGUGCAGUGGGAGACUGACGCUGCUGCUGCUGCAGAUGCCUCAACCCCCAGGAGCAGCAGCAACAGCACAAGCAGCAGCAGCAGCAACAGCAGCAGCAGCAGCAGCAGUGUACCUGUGAGCGAAGAUUGCCUUCUUAAUGAUGUGCUGCAGUUUGUCUAUGAGCAGCAGGAGGCAGCAGCAAUUAAUGUUAUUGAGGUGUCUGUGCUGCAGUCUUUGCUGCUGCUGCUGCAGCAAGCAGCAAAGUGUCCACGUAAGGAUGAGGGGCCUGCAGCAGCAGCAGCACUUGUUGCUCAGGCAGAACUAGCUGCUGCUGAAGGCAGCAGCAGCAGCAGCAGCAAUAGCAGCAGCAGCAGCAAUAGCAGCAGCAGCAGCAAUAGCAGCAGCAGCAGCAGCAGCGGCAGCAGCAGAUGUGGGGUGUCUGCUGCAUAUGCUGAGCUGCAGCUGCUGCCUGUUGAUAAUACACCAACAGUCUUUGGCUGCUGGGGACCCUUCUGCCUUAUUUUCUAUCGGCAGCAGCAGCAGCAGCAGCAGCAGCAGCAAGAAGGGCAGCACGAGCAGCAGCAGCAACAGCAGCAGCAACAGCAGCAGGAACAGCAGCAGAGGGGAUCUGCGAUUCAAUGUAAGAGAGGUAAGAGACAGCAGCAAAAGCGGGAGAAACAGCAGCACGCUCAGCAGCAGGUAGAGCAGCAGAAGCAGCAGCAGCAGCAGCCGCAGCAGCAGCAGCAGCAGCCACAGGAGCAGCAACAAAGGGAGGAGCAGGAACAGCAGGAAGUUGAUAUUCAGCAGGAGUUGCUGCAGCAGCUGGAGACAGCUGACGAAGAGCAGGUGCAGCAACUCCUGAUAAAACUGCAGCAGCAGCACCUGCUGCAGCAGCAGCAGCAGCACCAACUGCAGCAGGAACAGCAGCAGCAGCAGCUGCUGCUGCAACAGGAAGAGGACAUACAGCGGCAGUUGCUGCAGCAACUAGAGGCAGCUAAUGAAGAGGAGGCGCAGCAGAUCCUCUUACAACUGCAGCAGCAGCAGCAGCACCAGCAGGGACUGCAGCAAGAACAAGAACAGCAGCAACAGGAGCAGCAGAAGCAACAGCAACAGAAGCAGCAGCAACAGGGAGAAGAUAUACAGCGCGAGUUGCUGCAGCAGCUAGAGACAGCAAACGAAGAAGAGGCGCAGCAACUCCUUAUAAAACUGCAGCAGCAGGAUCAGCAGCAGCAGGAGCAGCAGCAACUCCAGCACAGGGAGGAGCAGCAACUGCAGCACGAGCAGCAGCAGGAACAGCAGCAAGAGCAGCAGCAAUGGCAAGAUUUGCUGCAGCACCCGCAAGGUCAGCAGAGCAGCAGAGCAGCAGGAAGUGUAGAUACAUGGAGAGAGGCAGGUAAGGGCAGCAGCAGCAACAACAACAACAACAACAGCAGCAGCAAUAGCAAGGGCAGCAGCAGCAACAGCAGCAGCAGCAAGUGCACCAACAGCAAUAGCAGCAGCAACAGCAGCAGCAGCAGCAGCAGCAGCAGCGCACUGUUUAGGCCAUUUCAAGGAACAAGCUUCUCUAUGCCUGGACAUUUUUACUGCAGCAGCAGCAGCAACAACAUGAUGAACAGCAGCAGCAUUAGCAGCAGCAGCAACAGCAGCAGCAGCAGCAGCAGCAGCAAUAACUGCUGCUGCUGCAGCAGAAUAAAUUGCAGCAAAGAGGAGCUGCAGCUUAUAGAAGCAAUAAGAGCGCAUGCAAAUGGCAGCAACUUAGUCUGUCCUCGGGGCUGGAUGCUGCGUGGUGCUGUAAUAGAUGGGUGCAACGUUGCUGCUGUGCGUCUGCUGCAGCAGCAGCAGCAGCAGCAGCAACAGCAGCAGCAGCAGCAGCAGCAGAAGCAGCAGCAGCAGCAGCAGCAGCAGGUGCUGCUGCUGCUGCUGCACUUGAAGCAGCAAGAACUGUAUCAGGAAGAGGGAAGCAAAAGAAGAGAAAAAAAUUACUGCUUAGAUAUCAGCAGCAACUGCAGCAGCAGCAGCAGGAGACUAUGCUUAUGCAGCAACUGCAGCAGCAAGGAUUAG